UGAGAUAAUUAGGUGUGAGUUGCUCAUUAACAUUUCUUUUGUAUCCAAGGGUGGGAAGAGGUCUGAGGUGUGACUUGGUCAUUACAAUGUGUGACAAGCUUGGUAGGAACAUCCUGCAUUCAGUGUUUUGUCCAUCUGAGCACCUUGAAAACUUUGCAUGCAUUUUUCAUGAUGAAAAAAGGCUCUGGACAGCAUUGGGAACUGGAAGAGUUAAAAAAAAUUUCAGAUGCUUAUAAAUGCAAUUUGAUGCGUUUACAAGCGUUUUGUGUUUGAAACGCUGAUAAAAUCGACGUCUGAACGCAAGUUUGUUGUAU